UCCACGCGAAGUAAACUAAAAACAACAAAAUAAUCUACCAUGAAAGUCACCUGAAUCCCUUGCAAGAUUGUUCUUAUCUGGCCUGAAAAUGAAUAUUACCAUGAUGGAUCAUGAUUUUAAAAUGAAAACACAAGCUGAGCGAACUAAGGUCGAGGAUUUGUUUGAUUAUGAAGGCUGUAAAGUGGGUAGGGGCACUUAUGGCCAUGUAUACAAGGCCCAUAGGAAAGAUGGGUCUGAUACUAGGGAUUAUGCCCUAAAACAAAUUGAAGGCACUGGACUGUCCAUGUCGGCAUGUCGAGAAAUCGCAUUGCUGCGAGAGUUGAAGCACUCAAAUGUCAUCAACCUCAUUCGAGUAUUUUUAUCACACACGGACCGGAAAGUUUGGUUAUUAUUCGAUUAUGCUGAGCAUGAUCUGUGGCAUAUUAUUAAAUUUCAUCGUGCUGCCAAGGCUAACAAAAAACCUGUGAUGGUUCCAAAAGGAAUGGUUAAAAGUCUUCUGUAUCAAAUUUUAGAUGGAAUACAUUAUCUACAUUCCAAUUGGGUUUUACAUAGAGAUCUGAAACCAGCAAAUAUUCUAGUUAUGGGCGAAGGCAUUGAAAGAGGCAGAGUUAAAAUUGCUGAUAUGGGUUUUGCUAGAUUAUUCAAUGCACCGUUGAAGCCUCUUGCAGAUUUGGACCCGGUUGUGGUGACUUUUUGGUAUCGAGCCCCAGAAUUACUUCUUGGUGCAAGGCAUUAUACAAAAGCUAUAGAUAUUUGGGCCAUUGGUUGCAUAUUUGCAGAGUUAUUAACAAGUGAGCCAAUUUUCCACUGUCGGCAAGAAGAUAUAAAAACAAGUAAUCCGUAUCAUCAUGACCAAUUGGAUAGGAUUUUUAAUGUAAUGGGUUUUCCUUUGGAUAAAGAUUGGGAGGAUAUUAGAAAAAUGCCUGAGCAUUCUACAUUGUCGAAAGAUUUUAAAAGAUCAAAUUACCAAAACUGUUCCUUGGUCAAAUACAUGGAACGUCACAAAAUCAAACCAGACAGCAAAGCCUUCCACCUUCUCCAAAGAUUACUAUUAAUGGACCCGAACAAACGGAUAACAUCUGAACAAGCAAUGCAUGAUCCCUAUUUUUCUGAAGAGCCUAUGCAUACUCCGGAUGUCUUUGCCGGUUGUCCAAUUCCGUACCCGAAAAGAGAGUUUUUAACCGAUGAUGAUCAGGAUGAAAAAGCUGAUAGCAAGGCCAGGCAGAAUCAACAGCAGCAGCAGCAACAAAAUGCUCAGCAGCAAGCUCAACAGCAAUCAGGCAACCACGAUCAUGGUCAAAAUGCAAAAAGGGUUCGUCUGGCUGGUCCCAGCGGUCAUCCUAAUAACGGAAAUCAGAUGACCCAGCAACAGCAGCAAGAUUUCCAUCACAGUCAGCAACAACAGCAGCAGCAGCAACAACAGCAACAGCAGCAGCAACAACAACAGCAGCAGGCCGCUAUGAUGUUUAAUAACAGUCAGCAGCAGCAGCAGCAACAGAAUAAUUUCCAACAGAGAUUUUAA